GCGUGACUGUCCGUCGAAUGACGUAGGAGGAGGAAGAAGAAGACGCCAUUAGAAAAGAGGCUGAGCGAGACACCCCGGUGCGGGAGGAGGGUGGCUCGGAGUUCCUCUCUCCUUUCCGCCCCGCUUCCGUCUCUCCUGUGGUUCGCUUCCCCUGGCGGUCUUCCUCCGCGCGGCCUCCUUUCCUCCUCCCCUACCCCCCGCUCCCCUUUUACGGUUCUCUUGGACUCUGCUCGGCGUCCCGUAUCAGAGCGGAGCAGGCUUGGGCGGUUUGCCGAUGUGAGGCCGCGGGAGCGGCGGCCACUUCGCUGCGGAUGGCGACGGCAGCGGCCACUUCGGGCGCGGUAGGCGGCGGCGCUGCUGCUGUUGCUGCCGCUGGCGGGCGAAGUUUCUCCUUCAAGGUGGUCCUGCUCGGGGAAGGCUGCGUGGGGAAGACCUCUCUGGUCCUCCGUUACUGUGAGAACAAGUUCAAUGACAAGCAUAUCACCACUCUGCAGGCAUCUUUUCUGACCAAGAAGCUAAAUAUUGGAGGAAAAAGAGUAAACCUUGCAAUAUGGGAUACAGCUGGACAAGAAAGAUUUCAUGCACUAGGUCCUAUUUACUACAGAGACUCUAAUGGAGCUAUUUUAGUUUAUGAUAUAACAGAUGAAGAUUCUUUUCAAAAGGUAAAAAACUGGGUAAAGGAAUUAAGAAAAAUGUUGGGAAAUGAAAUUUGCCUAUGCAUAGUUGGUAACAAGAUAGAUUUGGAGAAGGAAAGACAUGUGUCUAUUCAAGAAGCAGAAUCAUACGCAGAAUCAGUGGGAGCAAAACACUAUCAUACAUCUGCCAAACAGAACAAAGGAAUAGAAGAACUCUUUCUUGAUUUGUGUAAACGAAUGAUAGAAACUGCGCAAGUUGAUGAGAGAGCACGAGGAAAUGGUUCUAGUCAAUCAGGAGCUGCAAGGCGGGGAGUACAAAUAAUUGAUGAUGAGCCAGCAGCUCAGAGUAGUGGAGGUUGCUGCUCCUCUGGAUAAUUGUACAAGAGACUGGGCUUCUUGCCCUUUAGUGAAGACUGCCACAUUCAGAGUCUCAUUCUUUCAGCGGAGAAUUGGAAUUAACAGUAUUUAAAAUCAUUUGUAACAAUUCAAUACCAUUAAGUGCUAAACUAGUGGAGUAUGUGACCAGAGAAUUGGCAUUUUCUACAGUGAUUAACAAAGCAAACCAAUGGCCUUUUUACAUAUUUCUUUAAUAAUGAAUAAUAUUGCAUGUGAGAAGGACUUAUGGCUUCAUUUAUAUUUUAAAUGAGAUCAUUAUUUAAUAACUUAUACACCUUAUUGGAAUUAGACAUUUUUGCAGCUCUUUGUAUUUUGUGGUAGAUCAAGCUGUAUCUCUUCACAAUUGCAAAUCCAUUUCUUUUUAAUUAGCAGAUAUCUGGAUACUAUUUUUGCAGGGGUACCACUGAUAUAUAACUGCUUGACUACUUUGAUAUAUUCAUCUUGUACUCCAUGCUGGUAAAAUAAAUAAUAAAUUACACAUUAAAUAUUUUAUCUGCUUUUAUAAGUGCAGGUGCAGAAAUAUGUACACAAGUCUUGUCAGUGAUUGUGAGGUGAAAAACGGUGGGAAGAUACAAGUUCUAUUACUGCUGACUUUCUCUUUGAUAGAUUAUGAUAAUUAGUUUUCCUUGCUCUAAACUUUACAUACGUUUCUAAAUAUUUUUCUAGCAGCUAUUGAUCUAUAACACUCUCAGUCCAAAAAAUCUAGUUGGAAUGUUGUGAACUGUUAAUGUUUCUUUUUACUAAUAUAAGUUUGACAUGGGUACAAUACUCCUUAUAACACACAAAAAUUAUAUCUGUGAAUAGGCCUUUUUUAUUUGAUCAUCUCUAAGAAAGACCUGCUCAUGAAGCUUCACUUGUCUUUAUAUUCUUGCUUCCUUAUAUAUAGUGUUAAAAAUGGAAAUUAAAAUAACUUGGCUGUGACACAUAAAAAUCCAUUAAAAUGGACAUGAAUUAUUGAACUUUGAACAAUUAUUGAACUUUAAAUCCAGUUUUUGAGAGCUUCGUUAUUAAGUAUGUCUAAGGUAUUUUCUGAAAAAAAGAAAGAAAUACAGGAAUCAUACCUGAAAGUAUUUUUGUUUCAGAAUAACAUUGAUACUGUUGAGUUCCUGAAGGAAAUUCCACGUGGUUAUUUGGUAAAUGGGAGUAUUUUGGCAUGGAACAUACAUGAUUUUGCUUCUAGAAAUUUACUUGUUUUAUUCUCACUUCACUUCACUUCAGAUGGCUUGAAUUUUCAGUACUAUGAUGAAUAUAAUGAAUAUGCAAGCUCAAACAAUGAACACUGGGAAUUAGAUACACAUCCCAUAAAGGUCACUUUCCAGAUACUGACACAGACCCUUUAAGAGUGGCAUUUUAGAAAACACUGCAUGCAUUUAUAAUACUAUUAAAGUUUAUGUACAAAAAUCAGUGGAAGUCAACAGGAAGAAAUUAACUGUCACAGAUAGCUGGGUAAAUAUAUACAUUAUACUCUGUACCUUAACCCCUACUGAAACUGUAAAUUAAAUGAUUUGUUAAAAUACAUAUGUUCAAAUAGCUUGGUUACUGUGACUUCUACCAUGUGCUGCUGUAUGCUACCCUAUAUUCAUUAAAUAUAUUUAGUAUCUUCUUUUUA